UGAAAAAUAUAUUUUUCAUUAAUUUGAAUUCCCGCGCAAUCUGACCGAAACAUCAAAACAGUAAUUUAUAAUUCUAUGUUUGAGUCUAAUCUGUGGUAAAGAAAACUUGAAGGUAAUCUAUGGAUCUCACAAAAAGCGCUCGUCAUUGUGGAUAAAAUUACUAUUGAUCCUUUAUUGUGAUUUAAUUAAGAAACGACACAAUUAUAAACAUUAAAUGUUGUUUCUUUAUUUACAGAGAAACUCAAUUGUGUUUUGUGUCGCCCAAAACUUGGGAAAAUACCUUAUAAAACAACAUUUAUUGUAAGAAGAUGGAAAAAUUAAAAUUUAUGUUCCAAGUAAAACCAACAACAGAUGGAAAGUCAAACUUUAUUGCCAUAACCUUAAUUGCCACGCAAGAUGACAAAGUCUACUUAAUCCCUGAAGAAUAUCAAACAAUAUCGUUUCAUAAACAUAUCUUAGCCUCGAAAAGCUUCACCACUGUGAAAAAUACAUUAAAAAAACGAUAUCAAACCAGAAAUGUUUGGAUAAAAACUACAGAGGAUAUUUUAAAAACAUAUGUUGAUGAGGACGGCAACAUGAUUUUCCAGGACCAAUUUCUAGAGGAAAGUACCCAAGAACAAUUAUCUUUUGAGAGUAAAAAGUAUUCUGAAGAUCCUGUAAUAAAAAUUUUAGAAAAAUUAGUUGAAGAUCAACAAAACAAAGAAAAACAAAGUGUAAAAAAGUUAGCCGAGAGAUUUGUUAUUGAAAAGUUUGACGGAAGAAACUCAAGUGCAUAUGAGUGGAUGAAUGUAUUUGAAAAAGAAUGUACAAGGUUUGACAUAAUAAAAGAUGAAGAAAAAAUUGAAAUCUUCCGACUAUUUUUAGAAAAAUCAUGCACUGAUUGGUAUUCUUCCAUGAUGAUAAAGUUAAGUCUACACUCCGAAUGGUCAAAAUGGAAAUCAAGUUUCUUGCAAACUUAUGCCAAUAAAGGUUGGACAUCUAGCAAGUAUGCUUUAUCGUUCAAGUAUCAAUCAGGAUCUUUACUAGAGUAUGCAGUGAAAAAGGAAAAACUUUUACUCGAGAUAAGGAAAACAAUGGAUGAAGGCACCCUAAUUGAUAUAAUUGCUGCAGGCUUACCAGAUUUUAUAACAGAUAAAAUUAACAAAGAAGAAAUUUUACAUACAAGCAAUUUAUUCAAUGAACUAGGCAAAUUAGAACAUCUGGUCACAAAGAAAAAAAAUAUCUUCAAGAAAAAAGAAGAUUUAAAGCCAAUUAAAGAAAAAUGCAGUAUAUGUGAAAAAUUAAAAAAAGGCAUACGCUUUCAUUCAGAAGAUUCCUGUUGGUUUAAACAAAAGACAAAUAUUGAAAAGGAUAAAAAGCAAAUAAAACUUAUAAACAAUUCAGAAUUAGAAUGUGAAUUACAGUGUGAAGACCAAAAAAACUAAUAGUGCCGCCAUUGAUCAAAAUAAAAUUAGUACUCAAUGAAAAUAUUGAAGUAUUCGGAAUCUAUGACUCGGGGUCUAAUGUCUCAUUGAUAAACUCAAAAUUAUUAAAGAUAAAGAAUGAGGAUACCGGUCUCUCCAACAAGACAAAUUUAAAAACGAUUAAUGGCGUUAAGAAGGCAAAUGGAAUAAUUACUCUUGAUGUUGGCAUAUUUGAUUUGAAAAAAAAAAUGAAUGUUUUUGUAAUAGACAAAGAAAAUUUUGAUUAUGAUUUUUUAGUGGGACUAGACUGCAUAAAGGAAUUUUAUCUAGUUCAAAAUGAAAACUUGGAAAUUAGCCAGAAAAUACCAAUACAAAGAAAUGAAAUUGUUUCUAAGGAAUCAAAUAAAAGAAAUACGGAUUUUAAGAAAAUAAAAUCCGAAAAUUUAGUAAACUUCAACGAAGACUUCAGUGAAGAAAACUUCAAAAUUUGUAUUAACCAUCUGGACUAUCUGGAAAAGGCUUUGAUUGAUGAAUUAAUAUCCAAAAAUAAAACAGUGUUCGCAAAGGACAAAUAUGACAUAGGAAAGGUAACUGAUUAUGAAGCACACAUUGAUCUGCUAGUAGAAAAAUAUUGCAGUAAAAGGCCAUACCGUUGCACAAUGGAAGACAAAAAAGAAAUUGAGAACCAGGUAGCAAAAUUAUUAGAAAAAAAUAUUAUAGAAGAAUCAUAUAGCCCAUUCGCAGCACCAGUCACAUUAGCAUUUAAAAGAGAUGAAAACAAACGAUCAAGAUUGUGCAUAGAUUUUCGUGACUUAAAUAAAAUAGUGGUACCUCAAUCACAGCCAUUUCCUCUUAUUGAGGACCUCAUAAUAAAAACAAGAGAUUGCAAUUAUUUUUCAACUCUUGACUUUCAUUCAGCAUUUUGGUCUAUAC